AGCGCAUAACUCUUCCGUUGUCGUCAUUCUCUGUCUCUCUCGUACCGUCCUCUACCUCCCCCUUUCUUCUCCACUCUCCUGUUUUACCCUCCGUCCCCCUUUCACUCUGAGCUAGCAACUGAAAUUGGGUUUUUGUUAAUAAGCUUUGAUUCUGCUGACCAUCUGUGGUUCUUGCUUUGUUUAUUUCUGAAGAGGGAUGGAAAGGAAGCAGGGAUUCUUCUCUGCUUUGAAGCAAGAAGUGGUGAGAGGUCUCUCUCCGGUUAAGUCGAGAUCAAAACCGCGAUCUCGGUCUCAGAGCCCUGCGAGGAGCCUGUCUCCGGCUGUCGACCUUCUGCAUCCUCACCGGAGUAAGGCUCAACUGCGCAAAGACUCCCUUUCAAGCCUCCCAGACUCCUUUUUCGCGAGAUCCUGCAGCUUACGGCCAGUCGGCGAGACCCUCCCACCGGUAAUGGAGGGACCGGAUCCACACGCUGCUAGAUACUUCGCCUACGACUCUCGGAAAGAAGGUUGGAGCAGAUGGGUGCUCGGCCAACUUUCCCGCGCCCCUUCGAUUUCCUCCGACGCCGCAGAGGCCGACGAUGCCGGCAGUUCCGGCAUCCGUCUUCUACUCGGCGUCAUGGGAGCCCCACUGGCCCCCGCCUACGUCAGCUCCAUCCACGCCUUCCCGGAUCUCAGCAUUAAGGGCACUCCAAUAGAAAGUUCGUCGGCGCAAUACAUUCUUCAACAAUAUACCGCGGCUACGGGAGGGAUCAAGAUCCAGAGCUCCAUUCGAAAUUUCUAUGCGUCGGGGAAGCUAAAGAUGGCGGUCUCGGAUUACGAUACUAUGACGAAGUUGACGAGGAACCGCGGCGCUCCGGUCGAGACCGGCGGCUUCGUUCUCUGGCAAAUGGUUCCGCAUAUGUGGUACGUUGAGCUAGCCGUCGGGGGAAGCAAGGUUCGCGCUGGCUCCAAUGGCAAGCUCGUAUGGCGUCACACUCCCUGGCUCGGCGCUCACAACGCAAAAGGUCCCGUUCGUCCCCUUCGCCGAGCUCUCCAGGGACUUGAUCCCCUGACCACUGCGAGCAUGUUCGCAAAUGCGCUCUGCAUAGGAGAGAAGAAGGUCAAUGGUGAGGAUUGCUUCAUUCUUAAACUGAGCACUGAUUCCCAAACUCUGAAAGCUAGGAGCGAAGGCACAGGGGAAAUCAUUCGCCAUGUUCUUUUCGGCUAUUUCAGCCAAAAAACUGGUCUUUUGAUCUACAUGGAGGAUUCCCACCUAACUCGAAUCCAAUCCAACACUGGAACCGACUCCGUUUACUGGGAAACCACCAUCAAUUCCUUCAUAAACGACUACCGGGCGGUCGAAGGGGUGAUGAUCGCCCACUCCGGCCGGUCGGUGGUCAGCCUUUUCCGGUUCGGCGAGGCAGCGAUGAGCCACAGCAAGACAAGAAUGGAGGAGUCCUGGACCAUUGAAGAGGUAGCAUUCAAUGUGCCUGGCCUUUCAAUGGAUUGCUUUAUUCCACCUGCUGAUAUAGUAUUAUGUGGGUCUGUUACCAGUGACCCUAAGCGUUGAUGCAAAUCAUAGAUUUAGAAAGCGGGAAAAAUUGUAUGUUUGUACUUAUAAUCUAUAUUCUUUUUGUAAUUCUGAAUCCGCUAACUGGCAAGUUCAGUUUAGAUAGGAGCAUAGCGAUGCUAAGGAUUUCUGAAAUGCAGAUGUUGUGUAUGAAUGGUGAAAAUGUUAAGGAUGCUUUCUGUAACAGAUUUAGGUGUUUACUUUUUUGAAGUUUUAAUACUU